AUGUUCUUAUUCUAUUCUCAAUAUUAUUUUUAUUAUUAUCAUUAUUAUAAGGAUAAGUUGACAGUGAAGUUGUUUGAGAGAACGGGAGAUGGAACUGACUUAGAUCCAAACAUCAUCAAGGCUUAUGCUCAACAGUGUACAGCAGAAGCACAAGAAGUGACUGUUGCCAGGGCAAUUGAGUUGAAGCACGCCUCCAAUCUCGUCUCAUCGCUGGCCUUUGAGACGGGUAAACAGUUCAAGAUUGCGGAUAACUCGCUCAAGGCUGUGGAAGAGAACCUGGUUCAGAAGUGGCGAAAGUAUCUCCAGCUUAAAGCUACAUUCUACCUUUCCUAUGCUCAUUGCUACAAUGGACAGACGCUCCUAGCUCAAGAUAAAUGUGGGGAAGCAGUGAGAGCACUCAAAGAGAGCAAGACACAGUUUGAGAAAGCAGAUGAUCUUGGAAGGAACUACACUUCGACUAAGGGAGCUGGAAAAAGUGCUAAACCUCAUGAACAUGCUUUCUUCAGACGGCUAUUACCGCUCGUCAGAAGAAACCUGGAGAAAGUAGAGAGGGAAAAUGGAUUCAUAUAUUAUCAGAAGGUGCCAGAAGUUGUACCUGAACUACCAUCAAAGGCCACCUAUGGACUAGCCAGUCCCGUUGAAUUCGUCAUGCCAAGCAAACAUGAGGAAUGGACUGCCGAGACUUACAAUGGAUUUAAGAUCUCCAAACCAGAUGCUGAGAAGAGAGACAAGGAGAAGGAAGACGCCCCCAAACCUGUCAAAGAGGUACCUGUCAAUCAGACAGACAAGGAAUCUAGCAAUAGCAGUGGAUGCACCAUCUCCUAGGCAACGGUUACAAUGACAACGAAAUGAAUCAGCGUCCUGUGGUAUUAUGGGAUAGCUUGGCAUAACAUUCAUUUACAAUAUAUUAUAAUUAUGUGAUGUAUGGUAAAUCUCUUCGAUACACACUCUCUUUUGAUCGUGAGCAGGCUUUACCUCACCUCUUUAUUCUAUUAUUAUUUUUAUUAAAUUUACUUAUUCAUUUGUUUAUUUAUUUAUUUCAUUUAUUUAUUUUAGAUUUAUUCUUAUAUUUAUUUAUUUUAUUUAUAUAUUUAUUUUAUCCAUUUAUUCAUUAUUCUUUAAAUUUAGUUAUUUACUUAUUUAUUCAUUCAUUCAUUCAUUUUUUUUUUUGGGGGGGGGGUUUGUUAGGAUAGAGUUAUAGAUGAAUUAUUUCAUGCUGCUCUGUACUGUUCAUCUGUAAUUCUGUUUUACACAAAAUGAAGUGUGUUUGCCUUAAAACAAAGAAACUUGCCCUUUACUUUAACUUCAUUUGAUGGUAUUGCUCAGUUUCAAUUAUGCUCAAUAUAGUUCAUAUUGAAGUUUAGUAAGAUAAACAUUUGUUGCAGUUCACUCAAAUUGACUUUUUUUUAUACUGAACGAGAUGAGAAGAUUGAAUUUUGAAUUCCUUCUUUUAUUUAUGAGGCAUUUUGCUUGUAUUAUAGUCUGUCACUGUAUAACUUUUUUUAUUACAUAGCUUCCAUUACAAGGUUUUUUUUGUGGAAAGAAUAUUAUGUGUUUUCCAGCAUUUCACUAGAUGAAAUUAUUAACAAGUAAGAAAUUUAUGUUUUUCUUUAAAUGUUUCAUAUCUGUAUGAAAUGACUAUAUUUAUUAUUUUUGUCUAUCAUCAAAUAGACAGAUGAAUAUUGAAAAUGAUGUAUAUUACAUUUUCCAUUGCAACAUAUUUAAUUUGAAUUUUCCUAGGUUUUUCGUAUGAAUUAAACUUCUAUGUUUUCUUACUAUAUUUUUAUAGUAUUAUUAUUUUUAAAGAGUACCGUUAUUAAAAUUAUUAGAUCUGUUUAUCUAAGAAACUAUGAUUUUGUAAUUUACUAUAAAAUUAUUUAAAACAAAUAUUCCAUGUGACUGUAUUGAACAAUUCAUUUAAAAUAUCAUGAACACUAUUCUUCAAGUGAACCUAGAGAAUACUUGAGAGAAAAAUGAGGGAGGACAUCAGAUUUGAUAGACCUCUAUGUAGUAAUAGCUAGAAAUAUUGCACUAAAUUUGUUAUCAAACACAAUUCUAAAUGUUCUUAUCAACAGCUGUACACAACAGACCUAACAUACACUUUUUGUAGAGUGAAAAUUACACCCACUUACUGAAAAUUUAGUUUGUUUCUAAUUAAUUCCCAUUUUUAUUACAUGUUUAAUCUAUUGAAGGCCAAGAAUAUGUACAUGUAUUAUAUUUUUAUAUAUGCAGAAUAUUUUAUUUAUUUAAUCAUGUAGAUAGUCGUUAAAUGAAAGAUUAAAAUCUAGUAGUACCUUCGAUUUUUACUUUUCACAGGUAUUUUGCUCUCUCCUUUAUUUUGGGAAAAAUCAUUUUUUUAAUAACAUGGUUGUGUUAAGCAUUAUUUCGGUCUUGAGUAUUUAAAGAAAACAAAAUAAUGUACAAUACAUGUCUUUACUUAAAGUAGUUUUGGGAUUGUGCAAAUAUAUGUAUGGUAGCCAAUGAAAUAAGAUUUUAAUUACUGAAAGGGGUGAGAGAAAUGAUUAUUAUUUUAUGCGGAAUUUAUUACAUAUGUGUUUUGGAUCAGAUUUUGGGAUGUUAUGUCAAAAUAGUUAAUUACCGGUAUGUUGCAUUGUGCAAAAAAAAUGCUGAGUUUUUUUUGUAAAGCCGUAUCGACAUUCCGUUUGCAUUUUAUUUUAAAAUUAGAUAAUCAGACUUAAAAGAUGAACAAAUAAAUGAAUACUCAGAUAUUGUUUAAAAUGUGCCAUUAUGGGAAUGCCAUGUAUGUUGAAUUUUGGUUUUAAUUUCCUCUUUAAUAUAGUUAAUGAUAAGAAGCAAAUACAAGAGAGAAAAGUUUGUUUUCCCCAUAAAUUGUAGAGAAAAUGAUAAAGAAUUUUCAACAUAUUGCCUUGGAUUACAAAUGUUGGAGGAAAUGGUUGCAGUUGGCUACUUUCCAAUGAUGGUUUAACAAUAUGCUGUGUUUAAGCAUUGUAUGAAUGUUGUGUAAUAUCAUAAUUAUUCAUUGAAAAUAUUUUUGGGGAUUGAGAUUUUUUCACUUGUUUUGGGCUAAAACAAGUGAUUUUUUUCAAUCAAUAAGUGUUGUGUAGAAUAUCAUGUGAUUAGAUGUCAAAGGUCACACACUUUUGUGUCAUUAGUGCUUAUAAAAAUUAAAAGAUAGGAAUGCCAGACUAAAUGUAACAACAUACAGUAAAAAGAUGUUGACAUGCCCCCACUUUCUACUAUUCAAAUCAGGGGCAGAUUCUGAAUUUUCCAAGGGGGGGGGCACAUAUCUUUAUAAGAAUUUGGACAAACAAGACACUCACUCCCGAACGAUGGUGAUUUAUGGCACAGAAAAAUUUGACAAGGUAAAAAAGGGUUGCGUUUGCACAAGAUUUUCCACUAAAACUAUUUUGUUUCUCAGAAAGGGGGAGAGGAGGUGUUCACAGGGAGGAUAUGCCCCCAUCUGGAUCUGCCACUGGCUCAAAUAUUUGUCAGAUGCAUCCAUUUAUUGUGUUUUUCUUGUAACAGGAACAAUCGUUUGUAUGUCACUAAUAAGAUAAUGGGAUUUAUAUGACAUUUGUUUUCUAUCAAUAAUAAUGUACAUGCUAUAUACAUAGAUGUAAAUAGAAAUAAUAAAAAAAGGCGAAGAAAAAACAAAUUAAUAGUAUUGCUUUGAUUCCCAGUGAUUUGCAUAAAAAUUAAUCGUAUAACAAUACAGAUUCAUUUGAUGAAUUUUACGUUCAUAUCAAUUUCUCCAUAUAAAAUUAGACACUGGUAGGCUAUAUGAAAAUACAAAAUAAAAGCCAAUGUCUUUUUCAUUGUUUCUUCUUUAUUUACAUUAUUUACAAUGCCACAGUGAAAUAUAUAUUACAGGUGAAUUUUCGUCAAUUUACACCCAUGAUUUAUCAUUAAAAAAAAAUUAUUGUCACAAUUAA